AUGGUCGGCAAGAAGUUUAACAAAAAGUCGGCAAAAGUAUUGCAACAAUAUCAAGAGAAUGAACGAAACCUUGCGGAAUCGGCAGAAAUUACGAGUGAAGCAUGGCCUGGCGUUGCGUAUCUAAAUCAAGAAGUCACUUCGAGCGCUCUAAAGGGGGUGAGGUUGAGGAGACUUCAGCCGAAAGCUGCAGCGUUAUCGGAACUUGUGGAUAAAAACGGGAGCGCGGAUACCAAUGCGCUUUCGAAACUUGUGGAGGAUAUGAAGGAUGCGAGCAAGCAGCCAACGAAGGAUGAUGCUAAGGAGUUUCUGGAGCUUCUGGAGCUUACGAGCCAGCUAGACGCCACCAAUGCUAAGACCUGGGCUGAGAAGUCGAAGGGAGAAGGUACCGGCGAAGCUCAGGAGUUUGUGUCGAUUUGGGAGGACAUCAAGGGAAAUAAAAAUGGACCAGCAACAACGGUUGGGAAUUUGAUGCAGCGUUUGAAAAAUAAUAAAACCCUUCUUGAGGUUGUGAAGUCUUUGGCGAAAUAG